AUCCCGUAAGUUGAGUAACAUUAUGUGAGAUUCGUGAACGCGCCGCUGCCGCUGCCGCUGCCGCCGCCGACUCGCUCGCUCUCGCUCUUUCAGAAGGAGAUGUGAAUAUACCCGUCUCUUCUAUCAUCUACAAUUUGCCAAUAAUUUUGUUUCACUCAGCUGUUUCAGUCAUUUUCUGACACUUGACUGUAGUGGUCGUGUUCUCGGUCCCAGAGGAAAUUAAUUUGUUAACUACAUUUUUUCAAUUGAAACUGAAAUAAAGUCACCAUGGCUGAAACAGAAAUAAUAUCUAAUAGUGAGAGUAACGAUCAAUUUUUUGAAGGCGUGGAGAAGUUAAUAGAAAUAUGGUUUACGCCGGCUAAACAAGCAGAUUUAAGGAAAAUUACACGUCAACAAUGGGAGAAGGUGCUGAAGAUAGUCCGUUGCGAGAUAAUAUCUUUCACGAAGAGCGAGCAAGUCGACGCAUACGUACUUAGUGAGAGCAGCAUGUUCGUGUCGCGUCGCCGCUGGAUCCUGAAGACAUGCGGCACGACGACACCACUCCGCUGCGUGCGCGCCGUGCUGGCCCUGGCGCGAGACACCGCCGGGCACGCGCGCGUCCACAACGUCUUCUACUCGCGCAGGGAAUUCGCACGCCCGCACGCGCAGCUCACCCCGCACGACAACUUUGACUCCGAGGUGGAACUCCUGGACUCGUUCUUCGGUGACGGGCGCGCAUACAUCAUGGGCCCUGAGAAAGACUGCUGGUAUCUCUACACGCUGCUGCCGCUUGAAGGCACCGUGGCCGCGCUCGAGAAGGAGCACCGCGAGGCGAGCGAGGCCAGCGCGGGGUGCGCCGGCUGCGAGCCCGACCAGACCAUCGAGAUCCUCAUGUCUGACCUCGACCCCGCAGUCAUGAGUAUCUUCACGCGCGCCCACAGCGCCUCCGCACACCACGCCACCAAGGAGUCCGGUAUAGAUAAAAUAAUCCCGGGCAUGGUGAUCGACGACUACCUGUUCGACCCCUGCGGGUACUCCAUGAACGGAGUCGCCAAAGAUGGCUGCUACAUGACGAUCCACAUAACGCCGGAGCGGUCCUGCUCGUACGUGUCCUUCGAGUCCAACGUGCCCGUGUCCAGCUACGACGAGGUGGUGGCGCGCGUGCUGCACGCCUUCCGCCCCGGCCGCUUCGUGCUCACCGUCUUCGCCACGCCGGACGCGGCCGGCAGCGCGGCGCCGCGCCAGCUGAAGAGCUUCUCCUCGCUGUGCGGCUACGAGCAGAAGGAGGCGCAGUACUGCCGCUUCUCCGGCUACGAGCUGCACUACGCGCUCUACGCCAAGUUCCCGAGCUGAGGCCGCGCGCCGGCCCGCUGCUGCGCCGCGCCGCUGCU